AUGGAAUCCGCCUUUGGUCAAACCUUCAUGUUCCUCACAAAACUCGCCUGGAACAGUCGCACAACUCUUCCCCUUCUCAUCACAGCCAUCUUCCUGGCCAUGGAUUUCAGGAUGCAAGUUGAAUUGGAUCUCCAUCUUGAGAAUGACAAUGAUGACUCAAUUGAAGGCCUGGGGGAUGAUGAUGAUGAUCAAGACAGUGAAUCCGAGGAUUAUUACUACGACAGUGAUAGUGAAAGUGAAGAUUUUGAGGAAGAAAAUCGGCAUAUCCAAAUCCAAUAA